AGAUUCUAUUUUAUCUUUAAACUUCGCAGCGCUCUAGAAGGUUUUAUGUUUAUGGUCAAAGUCCUCCGGUCAUUGUCCUACUUUACACGCACUUUGACCGAUCCCGUGACACUCAAAGAAACGUAAAAUCGAAUCGACUUGAGAAGAGGAUGAUCAUCCUGGCACUCGCUGUCGAUGCAAACGCUACACAAAUCGCUCCUCCACUGAGUGGUUACGAUCAUGGAUUGAACCACCCGCUCCAGAGACACCUUCUCGUAGGAUUUGCGUGCUUCCUGGCGGUUUUCACCUUGACAAUGAUCAUCAUCUACGCCAGGAAAGAGCUCCACCGGCAGUGUAGCAAAACGCAGCUCGAAUUGGGCCAGUCGGCGCGCAAAUCCCUCUCCCAAGUCCGCCAAUUCUCCUUCCAGGAGAUGGAGCUCGCCACGAACGGAUUCUCCGAGAAUCGCCGGCUGGGCGAUGGUGGAUUUGGCACAGUCUACGCAGGAACCCUUGGCGGUGGAGGCGACGUCGUCGCGGUGAAGCUCCUCCACCGAUCGCCCCAGCAAGCAUCGCCCCAGUUCAUGGCGGAGAUCGACAUCCUCUCGCGAUUCAAGCACCCAAAUCUCGUCCAGCUCCUGGGCUGCUCUACCGACGGCCAAUCCCUCCUCCUCGUCUACGAAUUCGUGGGCAAUGGCACCCUCGCCGAUCACCUCCACACCAAGAAAUCGCGAUUGCCGUGGCUCACACGGCUCGCCAUCGCCAUCGACAUCGCCCAGGUCCUGGCAUACCUCCACUCCUACUCGAUCCUCCACCGCGACGUCAAAUCCACAAACGUCCUCCUGGACGAGGGCUUCCACGCCAAGCUGGGCGACUUCGGGCUCUCCAAAGCGGCCGCCGCCGCCGCCGCGGUUGAAGGCCACGUGUCAAUCGGGGCGCAAGGCACGGCGGGAUACCUGGACCCCGAGUACCACCAGUGCUACGCGCUCACGGACAAGAGCGACGUCUACAGCUUUGGCGUGCUGCUCAUGGAGCUCAUCACCGCCAAGCCGGCGGUGGAUUUCUCGCGCGAGCGCGUCAAUCUCGCGCCCUACGCCGUGGGGAUGCUCCAGGCCGGCGCGUUCGAGCAGAUUAUCGAUCCCCACCUGGAGGCCGCCAGGAAUUGCAUGGUGAGGGCGAUGGCGCUGCGCGUUGCCGAGAUCGCAUUCCAGUGCCUGGCCGCGAAUCCCGAGGAUCGGCCGCGGAUGGGGGAAGUGGCUGCCGCCCUAAUCCAUGUCGCGGAAGAACCCUAAUUUCCGAUCCCAAGAAUCCUUUUUAUUCGUUAAAAAUGCGAUGUUUGAUCGGAGCUGGAUAGCUUUCUUUUUGUCCUGUUGCUUAUACACGUGUGACCAUUUUGCGGC